UGAGCGAAUUUCGACCAAAAUAUAGUCUGCCGUGGAUCGCCGGACCAUUCAGUCUUUUCCCGUUCGACUAGUGUUCUCCGAUCUGUGAGGUUGCUCGCACACCUAUUUUUUAAUUCCUUUAAGUUAAUAAAUCCAAAAACACAAAUCCAAAAUGGCUGAUGAUGAGAAGAAAGCAGCUGCACCUGCACCGGCUCCAGCAGCAAAACCAGCACCAGCACCCGCCGCCGCCGCCGCUGCACCCGCACCAGCGGCAGCAGCAGCAAAACCAGCCGCCCCAGCUGCCGGAGCUGCUCCAGCGGCAGCACCAGCCGCAGGCGCUAAAGCAGCUGCGCCAGCAGCCCCAGCUAAACCACUAGAUCCCAAGGAUGAGGCAAAGAAGGCUAAACAGGCCGAGAUUGAACGCAAGCGUGCUGAAGUGCGCAAGCGUAUGGAGGAAGCCUCCAAGGCUAAGAAGGCCAAGAAGGGUUUCAUGACCCCAGAAAGGAAGAAGAAGCUUAGGUUGUUGCUCCGUAAAAAAGCCGCUGAAGAGCUGAAGAAAGAACAAGAACGCAAAGCCGCUGAACGUAGACGCAUCAUUGAAGAACGUUGCGGUAGCCCGAGAAAUCUCAGCGACGCCAGCGAAGAAACACUUAAAAAUAUAAUCAAGCAACACUAUGACAGGAUUAAUAAAUUGGAGGACCAGAAAUAUGACCUUGAGUAUGUUGUUAAACGCAAGGAUGUUGAGAUCAACGAUCUCAAUGCCCAAGUUAACGAUCUGCGUGGCAAAUUCGUGAAACCAGCCUUGAAGAAGGUGUCCAAAUACGAAAACAAAUUCGCCAAGCUCCAGAAGAAGGCCGCUGAAUUUAACUUCCGUAACCAACUUAAGGUUGUUAAGAAGAAGGAAUUCACAUUGGAAGAGGAAGAGAAGGAGAAAAAACCCGACUGGUCCAAGGGCAAACCCGGCGAUGCUAAGGUAAAGGAGGAAGUUGAAGUUGAUGCCUAAGUUCGUUCCCGACCUAUGUGUGACUCCCGCCCUAAUUAUAAAUUUUAUUUAAAGUUUUUUUAAUUCAAACAACAUCAGAAUUACGAAUAUACUUCAUUAUUUACAAAUAUAUAUUUUUUAAAAAGUAAUCAUAAUUGUUACAAACCAAAAAACAAAACAUAUAAAUCGCCUUCUCUAAAUUUACAACAUCAACAUUGCAAACAAGAAUCUGCUCGUAUAAAAAACAAAAAAAAAGAUUGAUUAACAUAAAGCAAUUAGAAAAACAAACAACUUUAAAAUAAAAUUGCACGGAUAGUAUUGAGUUAUAACAACACCAAAAAGAACAGCAAAACAAGCAAACACAAAACUCAAUUUAUGAAUAAAUUUUUUUUUAUUGUAAUAUAAACAAAACAAACAUUUUAUUAAAAAGAAAAACAACAAAA